AUGCCUUUCACUUGUGAAAUUGAUACCGCUAUCGACAAAAACUCGCCAAUUGUAAAUCCUUUUCUGGGGCUAGAAUCCAUCUCAGGACAGACAUCCACAUUCAAGGAAUUGUUGGGGCUCGUUGUUGAAAAUCCCCUCAAAAGAAAUGAUGGCAUUAUUGCAGACUUUUGUGAUGGAUAUGCAUUCAGGCACCAUCCACUGUUUUCAAGAGACCCACAUGCAAUCCAGAUAAUACUAUAUUAUGAUGAAGUUGAAGUGGUAAACCCAUUGGGUAGCAAGACAUCAAAACACAAAGUUGGUGUAUUUUACUAUACAUUGGGUAAUAUAAAUCCGCUGUACCGCUCUCAGCUAAAAUGCAUGCAGCUUUUGGCAAUUGCCAAAAGGCCAGUCAUAAAGCAAUAUGGAACCAAUGUGAUUUUGCAAAGAUUUAUGGAAGAUCUUGCAAAGUUAGAAGAGGAUGCAGGUUACCAAUUCAAUAUAAAUGGAGAACGUAGAUCAUUUGCUGGUACUGUGGCAUUUCUGUCUGGGGACAAUUUGGCCUCUCAAGAAAUUGGUGGCUUUAAAGUUGGUAGUUCCUCUAAUCUAAGAUGUAGGGAAUGUAUGGGGAAUGCUGUAGAUGUUUCAACAAAGUUUCAGAUCGGUGAUUUCACUCUUCGCACUAAAGCUGGAUACAAUAUGAAUUGUACUGCCAUUGAAAAACUUGGUCCUAUGAUGCGGACAUGGUGUAUGCGGUUUGAAGCUAAGCAUGAGCGCCUAAAAAAACUGGCCACAGGAAUUGGUAAUUUUACCAAUAUUCCUUGGACACUGGCAACUAGACAUCAGCUAAGGCAGUGUUAUGACAUGUCAAUAAAGGAAGGACAUCCAUUUAUUGAAAAGCCUAUAGAGAUAGGACCAGGCGAACAAAGAGAAGCUCAUACUGUUGGCUACUUUGACCUUCUUAAAGAAAAAUCAAACUCUGUAGAUGAUGACACUAUGAUUCAUGAAGCCAACUGGUGUACUAUACAUGGAACAAAAUACAAGAAAGAAGYUUUUGUACAUAUUGGAUUUAAUGGCUUAAUGCCACGUUUUGCUGAAAUAAAGAAGAUAUGUACAACAAAUAUACAGAAUCUGGACAGGAAUUUGUUUUUUGUGCUAAAAGACGUUGUGACAACAAAUUAUGAUAGUCAUUUCCACGCAUAUAGAGUUCGACAUAUUCAGCGAGGAGAGAAAAAAGUUGUCAGGCAGUGUGAGUUUGUGUCAUUCAGACCUGUUCACUUCCUUGAACCAAUUGGAGGCAAUGGAGAUAAAUAUGUGUGCCCCAAAAAUGAUAUUGACAUAUAUAAUGAGCAAAUUUAG